GUUUUUAGUGGCUCUCACGGUCUCACCCCUUCUCUCAGUUUUGAUCCAAUUGGAAGAACCUGAAAUGGAGAAAAAAAAUCAUGGAGGAAGACAGAAAUGAAAGAGCUGUGCUUUUGAUAAUGGCUAUAAUAAGGCUCUUCGUUUCUCUCAAAGAAUCUGUCUUCAGCUAGCACUCUUUGCUCCCUACUAGUUUCAAGUUUCUGGCCGGAAACCCAGGUGGGUUUCUGACUACACUCCAUCCCACUCCUUCACUUGAUUUUGCUUUCUGGGUUCCGUUCAUUUCUAGCAUGUAUUCCUUCUUCGAUAUAUGUAAUGUUUGUCUCUUUGGGUUUAGAUUGGACUGUAGCUUUGCUUUUGCAUCGUUUUUGUCGGUUUACUUCAGUGUUCUUUCAGCUGGCUGUUCGAUUCUCCCUGUGAAUCUGUUAGUUGAAAACAUUGAUCCGUUGCUGAUUUGAUGGAUACUUCUGGGCCCUGGCAGAUUGUCAUCAGGCGUUCUUGUUAGAGUUCCUCCCUCCGUUGUAGAGCUUUGAUGCCCACUUGGUUUGUGUGUGAGUUUGCUCUAGUCGCCCAAUCUUUGUGGUGGUUGGUCUUUGAUUCUGCUUCUGCUUCUUCGUCUUCUUUUCGUUUGCUCGAACUUCUAUGCCUGUAUACAUGGUGUUUGACUUUGCAAUAUAUGAUCACUGUUUACUAUUACCUUCCUAGCUCUAGUAUAUAGUACCUUGAUUCUCAGAAGCUGGGAUUCAUACUUCAGCAAUUGCAGAUUAUAAUGUUGUGGUCAUGCGGAUUGAAAGAUAUUAUAGUGUUUGGGGAAUAGAGAUUUUCUUUGUCUGGGGAGAGUGUGUAUUCAGGAGGAGGGAUUAGAGAAUCUUCGCUUUUAGCUUACUGGUCUUGUGGAAUCACUUGGGCUAUCCUGAAUAGUGAAGUGAUUGUGUAUUUGCUCAAUGAAAUAAUCUGUCAACUCUUUUCUGAGAGGAUAUCCAUAUGCUUCGUUGAAGGCUAAGACAGCUUUGUAAUGAUAUUUUGCUCUUCCUCUCGUCCUUCAAUGUUUCAUUGCUAGAUGAUUCAUGUUUACAUUUUAGGGGCUUGAUAUUGCUUUUGAUGAUUGGAAUUUCAUAUUUAUGUAUGAUUCACAUUUAACUACUGCAGUGGAGGUGGCUGGUAUUGUGUUGGGAUGGCAUAGAGGAGCUCUUACCCAUAUUCAUUAGGAGAACAGAUCUCCAUAUAAACGGGUAUGCAUAUACAAUACUAAUGGCUGAUUCUGAUUCAGGGUCUCACUUCCAAUCGUAUGUUCCGGACCUCAAAACAAGCAGUUCGUUCUUCAACCUUCCCAGUUUCUGUAUAGGGUUUAGUUUGAAAGGCUUAUCAGAAUCUGACUCUGCUAGAAGCCCGACAUCUCCUCUUGAUUUCAGUUUCUUAUCAAAUCUUAGCAACUCCUUUAGCCUUAAGUCCCCAAAGACUUCAAAGGUUGAACACAAAACACAAUGGGAUGGCCGUAAAGUAGGCCUUGGCCUUGUCAGGUUGCUCUUAGACGAAACCCAACAAAAUGGCGAAGUUCUUAAAUCCCCUAAGAGGAAGAAUGUGAUCUUUGGAUCACAGAUCAAAAUUGGUGAUGAUUCCUUGAGAUCCAUUUCUUUGCCUAAAAACUACGUUAUCUCACUACCAUCUCAAACUGGGGAAGAGGAAGUGGUCCCAUUAGAGCCUAUGGAAUUUGAUGAGCCUUCUUCUCUAAGUAGCUUGACAAGAAUACCGAGUUUUGGUUUGAGAAAAGCAUGUCUGUCAGCAACUAGGUCCAGUUCUAUACCAAGUUUGCCAGUGGUUGUGAGCAAAAGUUUGAAGAAGCACCAUUCAUUGGACAUCAAGCCAAGUUCUAUACCAAUACCGAUCAGUUCGCAUGAGAUUGAGCUUUCUGAAGACUAUACUUGUAUAAUUUCCCAUGGUCCAUGCCCUAAAACAACUCAUAUCUUUGGUGACUGCAUUUUACCAUGUCACGCUAGUAGUGAGUUGACCAAUUUUGACCAGAGUAAGACUACUAUUGGGUUUGAAAUGCCUCCUGAAGAGGCUAAGUGCCCUGAGGAAGGUUCACCCUCUGAAGAGUUUUUGAGUUGCUGUUACUCGUGCAAGAAAAAGCUGGACAAUGGAGAUCACAUCUAUAUGUACAGAGGUGAUAAAGCAUUUUGCAGUUUUGAUUGCCGUUCGGAGGAAAUUCUUGGCGAGGAUGAUAGCGACAGACUUGAUGAUAACUCCUCACGUAACUGCUCUCCUAAGUCGAGCUUCCAUGGAAAUCUUUUCUAGAAAGUAUACAUAAACAUAAUCUAUAUUUGUGUUUCAGAACAAGAUUCUGUUUUUCCAGCAGUGGGUGAUCAGUAAGCAUCUCAAUCUUACCGUCGCGAAUUUUUUAGCAGACAAUGCGAGUUUUGCGGCAGCAUGCUGAUGUUUUCGAGAACUUUCAGCAGAUGGGUUGGAGAAGUGGCUUUGAAAAGCCCUCUCUCGUCACUCUGCAUUGUUUUUGGCUCUAUAAUUUGAUGUGCCAUGUAGUUGCUGUUUUGUGGAAGUCUUGAAGUGCAUCCCCAAUGAAUCCAAGCGGGAUUUUGUUUGGGGGACACUUGUUUUUGCAGUAUCUUUGAGAACAUUGAAUAAUGAGAAUCAUGUAAUGAGAUGAAUAUACCAAUGAUUUUAGGUCUGUGUUGGACGUGGAAACGAGGGUUGGAGAAAGGCAUUUUGAUCCAAGGGGACGAAUUCUGUGUUAGUGUUGUGGUAUAUGAUUC